GCUCAGAGAAGAAUACGUAACCAACCGCCAAUUCAAAGGUAACGUUACACAGCGAUGGUCGUUAAAAUUACCCGAGAGGACGAGAGACUCUUGGAGGAAUACAGUCAAGCAGCGUCAAAAAGUUCGGAGAAGCUAGUUUACGUUAACGCAAUUAUGAUAUCCUCGAUACCCAUUUGGUUAUUUUGGGGCGUUCACAAAAUGCCUCUGAUAGCUAAUUCAUUCUUGUAUAUAAUCAUUUCACUGGCCUCAACCUUCCUGAUAUCUAUCGCAUACAAAAAUUCGAAAACACCUUUGAUGGAAAGGAUUGCUAUCCGUCGAACCGAAGCAAUUACCAAAGAAGUCAAUAACGAAGCUGGUAAAGACAAAAAGUUAUCGAAGAAGAACAGAGAGGAUGUUGUACGUGAACGAACGAAGAAGGUUGCUGACUACGAAUCCACAACAUUCUCAAUAUUUUACAAUAAUUGUCUAUUUCUCCUAGUCUUACUGUUACUUUCUGCCGUCCUUCAUCAUUUCUCGAAUCAAGUGUAUCCUUUUAAAGUGUUGUCAGAAUCGUUCACAUAUCCAAGCUACCAACUUUGUGGGAAUUUUGGUGAAACUCUCGAAGUCAAACGAACUUAACCAAUGUUAAAGGGGAAUUUCAGGGAAACAUUGGGGAAUUUUCCCAGGUCUGGGGAAAUUUUGGGGGUUUUGUGCCAUUUCUCCAAAGUUAACUAUAGCGGCUUCCACAAUAGUGGACAACAACUGAUAAGCCUUUUUUUCUAGUUCAUUUUUUAUUGUUGUUGUUUUCUGGUAAAUUGUUUGACACAGACAAGUGACUUGGAAUAAUGUAUACAAUGCUUGAUUGUUAAUGAUCAUGUUCUGUUGAACGCAUCUAACACAAGAAUUGCGGUCACUAUCCUAACGGGUGUUGAGUGUUGAGUCUGCGAAUAUGGAAUCAAGGUUUCCCAACUUCCCUAUGUUGACUCUCUUUUUGUCCAUUAACCCGGUUAAAGCGCCGGACAUUCGCUUUCCGUCUCAAUUUCAUAAACAACACCCCCGCCACGAGAAGGCAGUGAGUAGGACUUCCCUGGCAGUGACUAUGUACGCGUGGCCAUGUGAGAACAUUUUGAGAGGGUGAGCUGUUUCUCCCCACCAUCGGCCUUACCAGGGCAUUUGGGGGCAUCUUAAGGCAAUGCUAUUAAUCGCCGAAAAAUUCCCAUUAUAUUAGAACAAAAUUGUAUGUACAAAGAAUAUUCUUUUCACUAAUUUAUCAUCAGGUUCUACAAUUAUAAAUCCAAAUUAAUAAUCCAUAGAACUGACCAGGUUUAAGAUAGAAUACAUCAUUUGACAACUGUAAUACUUAAAUCAAGAAUUGUUGUUUAUUAUAUAAAAUCAAAUCAGAUCGUUAAUGUUGGGGCUGACUGAUAUAAAGUGUUAACUUGAAUCUGUUUAUGAGCGAAAUGAAUGCUAUUACCAAAGUAAUUCACGUGUGACGAGAUUUGGUUAUGAUGUUUUCCAUUUCCUUAACUAAUAAAUUAGGAAUUACUCUGUAUCGAUGCUACUCGCUGCCGGCGCAACUGCUUUCUUGUCAUCCGGGAAAGGAUCGUUUUGAUUCCAUAAGUAAUAUACGCUUUUCGAAAUACUUGCCUUCUUAAGAUUUUGAAAGUAGCUUGGUGAAUGUUAGUAAAAGUUUUAUCAAUGUUGUAAAUAUGUAAAUUAUCAAGAUUUCAUGGCAUUAGAAUUCUAUGUCUCGUUACGUUCUAGAACUCACGUCGUUUGCAAAACAUACGUAGAUUUUUCGAAAAGAGACGGUAUGGUAUGCAUACAACCUAGUGAUCUGCGUUUUUUCGCCAAUCCACCACAUAGGUUUUAUGUAUACAUAUAUUUCAUGAAAAAAGGAAAUACAACAUAGUGAAGCUUAUAAUUCUAAAAGCAGAAGUAAAUUACAAGUGAGGUCUAAAAACAAAAUCAGUAUAUGGUAAUACUGAGAGUCAAAUUAGGACAGCGGAAGCGAUGGUCUCAUUUCAUCUGACGUGUAUACGCGAAUCACAGUUUUCUGGCAGACAUCAACUUGGAAACACACCUCCCACGUCUUAGACCGAUAAUCAGUUACUUUAUAGACCCCAUAUCUAGGUUCAGAACAUAUGUCUUAGUUCAAUAAUGAUAAGUAAUCAUGUUAAAAAUUGUGGUUGAAUCUCAGUAAAAAUCUGGAGUCGUCUCGAUAUAUGCUACUGUCAUGUAGUUUUCUUGCUUAUGCAGUGUAGUCCCUAAUCUUUUAUUAAUAGAAUUCGCAACACUGCUUAGGUAUCCACCCUAAUAAUUUCGAAUCUCAAAACUGAUGUAAUAUGGAAACUUGGUCCAAAGCUCUUGUAUUAAGUUCUAAUUACAGCCACAUAGGUUUAGACAAAAUAAUGAAGUAUACUGAAGACCAACUAAGGUCCAAAAAUCAGAAAACUCCGUCAUAGUUAUAAAAGUUUCACUCUUUUAAAAGUAUGCAAACAAUGGCCUACAGAUAUGCUUGUAAGUGAAAAUCCUUUUAUUGUAUGGGAUCACUCUUGACGCUUACUUACUUGGGGUUGUAGAUGCGUAGUUUUUGUCGUCUGCUAGUAAAUACUAUAGCUUGGUCUCUCGACCCUUUCGUAAAUUUGGUAAAAUCAUUUGUGUAAACGACUAUUCACAGGCUACCUUACCUGAGCUCUAAUUUCCUACCUUGAAAUAUCAAGGGUAUGGGUCAUCAAUUAACAGUAUUAGGUUAUUGAAGAGGGAAAACGAGCAACGAAAUAAAGUAGACGGUCUUCGUAAAAAUACAGUGUGUACUUUUGUAAAUAUACCGCUUUUUAACACAGAAUGUAGUGAAUUUGAAUUCUCAAAUUGCAGUGCAGUGGUCUCAGAUGCCACAUUUUGCCUCAGGUUACGAAAGGAAAUGUCAGGCAAUGUAUGAAUAACCUAAGAAAUAAAGUAUUCUGGAUUCCAAAGGUAAUGAAUAUGACUACACUAGUGUGUUUGGUUUGUGUGCAUUCACACUUUUCGACUGAUGGUUUUUAGGAUUAUUAUGAUUUUUAACUGCAGGCCAAAAUCGUCCAGACUGGUAAUUUGAAUUGUUCGAAACAUUACGCGAAGUUACUACAUAAUUUAGUGGAAUCAGUUUUGUUUAUGUAUUUUGUUUAUUGUAUAGGUGUAAUGGAUAAAGGAAAUUAAUCUCAUUUAGCUUAUUCUGUUAAUUACUGGAUUCAUUGAUGAGAGUACUCUCUUGAUACGUGAAUAUAUUAUCAUUAUUAUAAGCUUUAUUCAACAUUAUAUUUUUGGCGCAAUGUAGAAUUUUCAGCAUAAAAUAUUUCAACAGGUUUCCUUUUCUUAUAUCUUGAUCGAUCCUGACGAUAAAUAUUGAGUAAUGGCCAGUUAGAUAUUAGAAGUUCGGUAAUCAACAUCUGAAUAAUCUUCAUUCGUUUCAAUGCAUAUUGCAAGCCACCAUGAUGUAGCUGGUUGUACCUUAUUGUAAUCCGUACAGCGAAAGGUUUUAAACUUUUCAUAAACGCGCCUGAAUUGGUUGUGAGCUCAAUAGACAUAAUAAUGUGUUAAAACAAAUAAGAAAACAGAUAACUUGACGAAAUAUCUAGAUGGGAGGAACAGGUAGCCCGGAUAUUCAAGCAGGCCGACUCUUCUAUUAAUCGCGCAGUCAACGUAUGUGAAUUCAUUCAGAUAUCUUUGGCCACGUCAUACGAGAUAGUUUCCGUCAGACUACUUCAUACUUUUUCAAAUUUAAUGUAGGAUAAAACAUUAAAAGUCAGUUUUAUGUUAGAUAAGUUGUAUUAUAAAGCUUGUUUGAAGUGUUUGGGUAAAAAUAUACAUGUAACCGCUUGAGGAACUUUUAAAGAUGUUUCCUGGAAAACUGACGAACGCUCUUAAGAGGUUGAUCCACGUUCCUGUAACAUC